GUGGAGUGACUCACCGCAAAACUUUGCAACGUCUCGUCUACAGCUGACAAAAAGUACCCCAUCACCAAACAUGGCUGAAGCAGCAGCAGGUGCAGCUCAGGCGCUAGAGGGCGCUGCAGGUGCAGUUGCAGGUGCGGCCCGCCAGGCGGCCCCCGUUAUCGACUUCUCGGCUAACGGCUUCUGGGGCGGCGUCACCCUGAAGAUCACAGACCCACGGAUCGCUGCCGGUAUUGUGGUCGGGGCCUCGGCUGUCGGGCUGGCCCUGGCGCUGUCCCGCUUCUACCGAGACAACAGGGACGAUGCUGAUGACGCCAUAAGAGACGUUAUCGAACGGCGCAGAAGGCGGAGAAGGCGCCCCCGGCGGGAUGGAGGGGAACCGCAGCCGGAUCCGGAAAUCGUGGCCAUCGAGGAGGGCUCGCUCUACGUGCACGUCGGGUUCCGUACCGAGGACGGCUACGACUUCUUCAGCGCGCUGUACGACCAGGAGUACAUCCAGACGCGUCUGAAGGCGGAGUUCAAGACGCUGGGGUUCCAAGGUGAGCUCAAGGUCAUCCUGGAGAGGAGCCAGGUGCCCGGUCGGGAGGAGGAGGAACGGGCGGGGAGGGUGGACCCGGGGGUGGCAGAGAUGUUCAGGAGGAUGAGGAUCCAAGACGUGAGUUUCCAUCCCUCCACACUCCUGCCUGAAAGUGAGUCUGGUAUCGAGACGGCCUCCGGGUACGCUCAGUCCGAAGUGUCGUCAGAAGACGUGCCCGAUGGGCCUCUCAGGCGGCGCCGUCUCCGUCUGCAGCCGUACCGGGAUUCCCCUACAGCCAAGCGUCUCAUCCAGGGCAGCAGAACCGCGGAGAAUGGAGCCGAGCUGCUGACCGGCAGUGGGUACACAGAUCCAGCCGGACUCACCCUGCUGGUGAAGGGGAUCAUCAUGUGGCAUCGUCUCUAUUCUGACCAUUGUAAUCGUUUCCUUUACCACUUAAGUUAUCUCCAAUUGGACAAGAAGCAACUGAAUCAUUUAACAUCCACCCAGCUGGAGCACAACCCGGCCGACAGUUCCUGCCUGUUCCUACAGGCGGCGCUGCUGCCUGAGGGAGACAGCCGUGUUGCACGUCUCCGUCAGACCGUGAACACCAUCCUACAGAACGGCGAGGAAGACCCGCUCCACCCGUACCUCCAUAACAUCUCCUGCAUGCUGGCAUUUUCCAUAUGGAUUGCCACCCACCAGCCUGGCCCUGCACUUGCUGCCUUCGCCACAGCGCUGAUGUACAAGUCUGAUUGCCCAGUGCGCACCUUGUUCUGGACCGCCAUGUGUUCCGUAGAUGUGUCAGCCUCAGACGGCAUUCAGCAGUUCCACCAGUACCUGCGUGCAGCGCCUCCUUGCGACGAAGAUGUGUCACAUGCUCAUUACCGCCUGACUGCCCUGUACGGAGAGCAGCAGCCGGUGGAUCGGGAGAAGGUGGAAACUCACUACAGGAGCGGACAGGAGGCCGAGAAGAACAUGCUGCCUGGGAUCGGUGUGGCAGGGUGGCUUAAAGAUGCCGCGAAGAAAGCUUACCACAGAGCAACCAGCACCAACACGUAA